AUGCACAUCCAAAAAUUUGGUAAGAUUUAUAAUAUUUUUAUAACAACAAAAAUUUUUUAUUUUAGGGGAUUAACAAAAGGAAUUAUAACUUUUGGCAUUGGUGUUGUUAUGGCCAGAACAAUUUCACAGGAAUUUGCCAAUCCUAUGCCUUAA